CCAUACGACCAGUCGGUGAUUUCAAAUCUAGCGUAGAAACACGAGUCGUCGAAUGGCGUGAAUUUGACGACAGACAUCAGACGCCGCCACCUUCGCGUUCCUCAUCCACCUCCCCCUUACAAUCCGCAGUUCGAGCGUUGACGCAACUUUGACGUUCGGGAGAUAUUUGGCUGUGCGUCGGGAUAAACAACAGCCGUUCGGUGACGAUAGAUAAACAUGCCGGGGGUACAGAUCACCGUUGGAAUUUUAGGGAAGACUAUCUUCAGCAUCGAGGAAGGUGUUACAGCCGAGGAGGUCGGACAGAGAGUCGCUCGAUUGACGGGAUUCGGAGUAGACGAUUUCUACAUCUUGCAAAACGGUCGCCUCGCCCGAGGCACGGAACUUUGCGAAAAUGCAAAAGCUGAAAUCAUUCCACGCCUUCCUGGGGGGAAGGGCGGUUUUGGAUCCAUGCUGCGAGCCAUCGGCGCUCAAAUUGAGAAGACUACCAAUCGAGAAGCGUGCCGCGAUCUUAGCGGACGCCGCCUGAGAGACAUCAACGAGGAGAAGAGAAUGAAGUCUUGGAUCGACAAGCAAGCGAGUAGAGAAGAGGAGGCCGCCGAGAGAAAGAAGAGAAAACUUGAGAGGCUCUGCGCUCAGCCCAAACAUGAGUUCAAAGAUAAAAACUAUGAAAACGAACGCUCGACUCUGACAGAGAAAGUAGGCGACGCGGUUGAAGAGGGAUUCAAGAUGGCCAUGGCUGGAAGUUCCGGAGUGAAGAGGAAAAAUCCGAGCAAUGGCAAAGGCGGCAGAAAAAAAUUGGCCUUGGACUCGGAUAUUGACUCCGAUGAACUUGGAAGCUCUUCCGAGAACAACUCGGACUUGGAUUCUGCUUCGGAUGCGAGGGUAAGGUCUAGUUCUGCCUCAUCCCCGGAGACGCACACCUCGCAAAAUGUCAGCGAAAUUAAAUCCAACGACGCAAAGGUGGACGAUACUACAAACUCUGAAAAAUCCGAAGACCCUGGCGAAGCGUCGGAAGGUCACAUUGCAGUUUCCGAUGCAAAUUGUUUCGAUCGUUCGACCCAAUCUUUGGUAAACGAAACCAAUGAUGCUAAUCCCGCAGUUUUGAGGGAAGUACCGGACAAGCAAAUUGUAACAUAGUAAAAAUUUGUAAGUGUAAAUCAGCUUAAUUUAAAUUUGAACAAAUCUACCAAGAAAUAGCCAACUGUUGAAUGUUACUUGAAUAAAAAAUUUAACUUCUCCAUUUUGUCAGUACGACGUCGACUAAACAAUCAAUAAACAGAAUUUUAUUUAAUAA